GCCCGUCCUCCCCGCUCCUCUCUCCGUGUCUGUCCCUGAAACCUGUCCCCGGAGCCUCCAGACUGGAUUAAUCUCGGUGAGAACAUGCGGGCAGCGAGGCUCCUGCUGGCCGCGGCGCUGGCUCUGUUUGCCGCAGUGUGCCGGUCGCGGGCGGAGGUGAUCGAUGACAUCCUGAGCAGCCUCUCCAGGGGAGCAUCCUUCCUGGAGCGGCAACACGAGCACAUCAACUUGGACGGGGUGGUCGGGUUCCUCAUGCUGCAGGCUGAACUGAAGGAAGCGGUUCGGACGUGGCCUCACACUGACCCGGUCAGCUGGGCUCAGAGAACCUCCGCCGUCGCUCUGGUCAAACGUCUCGACCAAAGCUUCGAUAAAGCUGUCGCUGCCCUGCAGCAGAACGACCCCAAAUACUACAGAGAGUUUGAGCCCCUGCUGUUGUGGAGUUUCUGGUUGAUUCCUCAGGACUGGAGCUCCACAGAUCCCAGCCUGGUCUACCCCUCCACCACGACCACCGAGUGUUACGACGAGCAGCUCAGCGACAAAUGUCUGACCCUGCUGCUGGGAACCUGGAAGAUGAACGGGACGCCCUGCAUCGUCACCAAGCCCUGUCGGGACACCAUGACUCGUUUCGGUUGUCCACACUACUCCCUGUCCCACCAGCUGCUCUACUUCAUGAUCGGAAAAAUGAGAGGCUGCACCAACCUGCUGAAAGGUGACACGCGAGCGUCCAGAGCCAACAUGACCGAACAAAACUACCAGAGGAUCUUCUGCUCCAACAUGAUGAAGACCAACCAGGACAUCAUCAAAGACGGGCUGACUGAACGGACCGUCGACAUCUUCAUUGAAAACAUCCUGAUUUGUGGAUUGGCUGGUUUCUCUGACUUCUACAAAGCUGAUUGGCUGCAGCACAUCCUCAGGCUGCAGGACGAGGAAGUCGGCUGCUUUGGGAGAGACAAGAGCAUCGUCUCUCAGAUCAUUGGAGACGAGCUGCUGGAACAGCUGCAGCCUCACAGGAGAGUGAAGAGGAGGGAGAAGAUUCUUCCAGAUGGCUGCUCCAGUCACAUGACGGCGGUGGCUGUCGGAGCUCUGGGGGGAUACCUGAACUACUACCUGACAGAACAGGACAUCACGAAGAGGCCGCUCUCCUGAACAUCCACCCCUCCUCACCCCGCUCCUCACCCUGCUGUCACACAGCCAGGGGUGUGUGUUCCUGUGAGCGAAGCGCUGUAGAUCACCGGGUAGAGACUGAUACACAACAUGUUUCUUUAUGAACGGCUGAGAGAUGAUGAAACACUUAACAAAAUGCUGGGAUGUGGCUGUUUGGCACAAAGUGCAAACUGAAGAGAUUUGCUUUUGUUUACCUAGAAUUUGUUUUCCACAUUGUAUUCUGUGGUUAUAAUGAGGAAGAUGAUUCAUCCUCCAUGUACUAACUCCCUCCUGCAGCUAAGGAUGUAAUUCAUCUUAAACACGACGCCUUUACAAAGUGGUCACGAUUUGGCCGAUACUCCACAUGGACCACAGAGCCAGUGAGACAGGCAGGGUGCUCCGCCCACUGUCCACUGAUCCAUGACUGCGACGAGUGAAGACACACGGUUAAGAACUGGAGAGUUGUUUCUUGGAUUCAUCACAGUUUCAUAUUUCCAGAGUAAGCCGGUGUGUCAGAAUCAGAUCUGGCUUCUUGCUGCUGUUUUCGUGAUGCACCGGGUUUGUAGCUGAGUUACAGUCGAAGGGACUGGCAGUGAAAAGAAAGUGGUGGUUCUUACAGUUUCCUUUCUCCCAGAUCGGCCAUUAACAGCCUGACUGGAGUUUCCCCGUGUGAAAGACCAGGACAUAUUUACUGUAGCUUUAGAUAAAAACAUCCUAAAAAGCUGAUAUUAUUAAAAAAAACUUUGCAGGGCACUUAUAUCUUCAAAAAA